GGUACAACAAAUGUAGAAUAGUAGUAUAUAUACAAAGGGCCCUCAUUUAUCGGGCCUAAAAAUGGUCAGGACCGGGCCUGAGUACACUGAAGACACCAAAUGAAACUCAAACUUUAACUUUCUUCCUCCAAUGGUGAUUUGGUGAAAGUACCCAGAUUCUCUCCAAACGAAAAAUCCCCGUCAUCUAACAGAACCUUGCUAUACAGUAGUAUAUAACAAAAAGUCUACGUGAUUUGAGUUGUUCAAAGUUUCUGCAUUUUGGUCGUCGAGUUCGCCCAUACUUCUGCCUUUCAUCUCUUUAGUUGAUCAUAUUGGCUGUUGAUUUUCAUUGUUCAAAGUUCAUGUUAUCUGAUGCAACCAAUUGCAUCCCUGAAGGCUGAAGCACCAAACCAAAUUCAUUAGCCCUGAAGAAGAGUUGUACUAAUUAAAUUUAGAGUAGGCUUGACUGCAUUUGUGCACACCACCUGCUCGACGUUUUACCCCAAAAAGCUCUGUCAUUUCAUUUCAUGAUGCGCUUCAAAGGGUAUUUUCUAAACAAUCUAGCAGUAUUGGGUUCAAUCCCAUUUCAAGAAUCAGGCCAUAUGUUGGUACAAAUUAGGCAUAAAACAAGUGGAGGUAGAAAACCCAAAAAGAAAAUCUAUUAUAGGGUACAUGAACUUGACAAAGUCAUGGACCUCCAAAAAAAACCAGCUGUGAUCCUACAACUUAAGGACAUCAUUCAAUCCCAGAAAAGCAAAUGUAUUCUUCUUAGGGACCUUGAAAAGGAAGUUGGGUUUGUGCAGAAAUGGAAUUGUAUGGCUGUUAUUGAGAAGUACCCUACAAUUUUUAAUGUUAGUGGUGGUAAUCGAAUUCCUAUCUCAGUUCGGCUUACUGAGAAAGCACAACGAGUUGCUGCUGAAGAAGAUGAAGCCAAGAUACUUAUGGAGCCUAUUUUGGUUAAGAACUUGAGGAAGUUGCUGAUGUUGACUGUUGAUAGUAGAGUGCCACUGGAAAAAGUUGAACUUAUUGAGAGUGAAUUGGGUUUGCCUGUAGAUUAUAAGGAAUCGUUGAUUCCUAAGUAUCCGGAGUUCUUUUCAGUGAAAGAUGUUAAUGGAAAGGCUUAUUUAAACCUAGAAAGUUGGGAUUCUUCACUAGGAGUAACUGUUAGAGAGGAGAGUUUAAUUCAGGAAAGGGUGUUGCAGGAUGGAGGGAAAGGAAAGAAAGUUAAGAUAUCAAGGGAUGGGAAUUAUCCCGGUCCUCAUGCAUUUCGCAUUAGCUAUCCUGCUGGUUUUAGGCCGAAUACGGGCUUCCUUGAAGAACUUGAGAGAUGGCAGAGAAUGGAAUUUCCUUCUCCAUACUUAAAUGCAAGAAGGUUUGAUCCAGCAAAUCCAAAGGCUCGGAAAAGAGUUGUGGCGGUGCUCCAUGAGCUUCUAAGCUUGACCAUUGAGAGGAGGAUGACAUCCGUUCAAAUGAGUGCUUUUCAGUCUGAGUUGCUCUUACCUGCUAGGCUAUUACUUUGCUUGAUUAAGCAUCAUGGUAUCUUCUAUAUCACCAACAAGGGUGUACGAAGUACUGUUUUCCUUAAGGAAGCAUAUGAUGGUUCAAAUCUAGUUGAAAAAUGCCCUAUAUUGAGAUUCAAUGCCAAAUUUGCAGCACUUAGCGGUAGGAAAGAUUCAAAUUUCUCAGAUGGUAGCAGUCAAAAGAAUUCGGACUCUCCAAUAUAAGAACGAAAGUGAUUGCCUAUGAACUAGACCUAAACAAUGCUCCUUGUUAAUUUUGUGAGGUAUGUCCUUAAAGUUAAUAUGUGAGUGAAAGCCUUCUGCAAUGACUUUCUUGGAACUUGUUCACAGUUCUCGAGGAUUAGAAAUUAAUAAGAUUGUCUUAGUACUUGGAUCCAAUAAGCUUAAAAGCUCUCAAUUUGUCUAUGUUCUCCAAUAUCUUGGUAGAAAUAUAUUAUAAUGUGAGUAUGUAACCGCAAUCGACUUUUUAGCCAAUUUUCGACAAAAACCCAUGAGUAAGAUAAUUAGAUGAAACAUCAGGAAACUCAAAGUUUGUGCAAUUUGGUCGUCGAAUUUUUCCAUACUCCUGGAUUUCAUCAUUUUAAUUGAUCAUAUUGGCUGCCGAACCAUGCUCAUGAUUCAUGAAGCAUCAAACUUAUUAGCCAUUAAGAGUAAUACUAUGCUAAUUUAGAGUAGCCUUGAAUGCACUUGCACACAGCACACAACCUGCUCGACGUUUGGCCUCAAAAGCUUUUUCAUUUUAUUUCAGAAUGCGCUUCAAAGGGUAUUUUCUGAACAAUCUAUGUAACAAACCAGACCUCCUGCCUUCUACAAGAGUGAUAAUACUAGCAACAACAGUAAACACAGCAAGAACAGAAGAAUUGACACAGAAUUAUAGAUAGAUUGAUUAAUGAGAACAAGGUUUACAAGAUAAGUCAGGGCUUUCGAGAGGCCAAGAUCUCUCCUAAUUACUCUAGUAAUCACUCAAUUUCUGGAUACCUUCACCCUUUCUUUCCUCUAUUAUUUAUAUAGUUAUAUCUCUCCCAAGUCCCCUAAUUCCUGCUCCUAAGGACACCUCACCAUCCAGCUCAUUCAUUCUUGGGACUCCAGAAUCUUCCCUGCCAUGCCCUGAUUAUUCUCUGCCCAUUCAGUCUGUUUGGCAGGUGGCCGUUGCUCCUCUCUUUCUCCUUGUGGUCCCCUCUUGCCACGUCUAUGUAGGUUAUCAAUAUGGGUGGGCGAGGUGGAUUUGUUGCAAUCUAGCAGUACUGGGUUCGAUCCCAUUUCAACAAUCAGGCCAUAUGUUGGUACAAAUCAGGCAUAAAACAAGUGAAGGUAGAAAACCCAAAAAGAAAUCUAUUAUAGAGUCUGAGUUGCUCUAAUCUGCUAGGCUGUUACUUUGCAUGAUUAAGCAUCAUGGUAUCUUCUGAAGUAUAUCACCGUUCCUCAUUCACCAACAUGGGUGUCCAAAGUACUGUUAUUCUUAAGGAAGCAUAUGAUGGUUCAAAUUUUAUUGAAAAUGGCCUUUAUUGAGAUUCAAUGUCAAAAGAAAUGAGAUUCUUGUCAGCAAUACAAGAAAGAAACUGACUGCCUGUGAACUAGACCUAACUAAUGCUUCAUGUUGAUUUUAUGAGGUCUGUCCUUUGAGUUAAUGUUGUGUGUUCCCAAUGGAUGCCUUCUGCAAUGAUGUAAUCUUCACAGUUCGCGAGGGCUAGAAAUUAAUAAGGUCAGAUUCUUUAUUGUUUAUACCAACUAGGGCAUUGUGUUACAUUGAAGUCAGCUAGUGUACUUUCCUAUUACUGGCUUUUUAUUGUAAAGUUGCUAUACAUUUAGAUAAGAGUAUUGCUAUUCAUUGUAGGUUAAGUUAUUGUUUUUUCGCAACACGAUUCUUGGGUAUUGUGUGUUGGUUGACAUCAACUACAUAUAUUAUUUGUUAAAUCAGAUUACAAGUGUGGAAACAUAUAGCAAUAGA